AUGAGGUCUUAUCAGUGCCCCCCCUAUUCCUGCAGGAAUCCGGUCAUUCCGGUGGAAUUCCGGUGGAUUCCGGUGGAAUGGAAUUUAGCAGAAGGCCCUGCUAAAUUGUUUAUUCCGUUUGUUUAUUUCCGAUGGAUAACAAAUAAUAUCUGUUUGGCAAUCAUGCUCACCAAACACGACCACCCUCUUCCUCCCACCACCACCAUGCUCGUCACCGCCGCCAAACACACGACGAACGAACAACGUCGUUCAUCGUCGUCGCUUUCUAAUGACAACCCUAGCACCCGAAGACGAACACGAGCACCCACGAGGCUUCACCACCCACAAAUUACUACACGACGCCCACAAAUGAGAACCCCACGCCCACGAACAACACCCAUCGCUCACCCAGUGCCAAAUGCCCACGAAACGGCGCCGACCACCCACCGCUCACGACGACAACGCCCACAGCCCACCCAACAACCACCUGUAAAUGAAUGCCCACCGCCCAUAACGCCCACCGCCCAUCGCAAAUGCCCAUCGCCCAUCGCAAACACCCAUUGCAAACGCCCACCGCCCAUCGCAAAUGCCCACCGCCGCCCAUCGCAAACGCCCACCACCCAUCGCAAAUGCCCAUCGCAGACGCCCACCGCCCAUCAACAACACCCACCGCCGCCCAUCGCAAACACCCACCGCCCAUCAACAACACCCACCGCCGCCCAUCGCAAACGCCCACCGCCCAUCGCAGAUGCCCACCGCCCAACGUCAACGGCUUAG